AGACAGGAGACGUGCUGCCGGGCUGAGCGGCCCGCGGAGAUGACUUCUGGCCAGGAAGGCGCCUCGGGAAAGCCGACCACGGGGGCAGCAAAGUUUCGGGGCAGCUGAAGAGCCUUAGCCGCAGCCCUUCCAGCCCAAUCACCCCCCUGGCUAUGGAGGGCGGACUCUAAGAUGAAUCCCGACCUGGACCCCGGCCACAACACAUCAGCACCUGCCCACUGGGGAGAGUUGAAAGAUGCCAACUUCACUGGCCCUAACCAGACCUCGAGCAACUCCACGCUGCCCCAACUGGACAUCACCAGGGCCAUCUCCGUGGGCCUGGUGCUGGGCGCCUUCAUCCUCUUUGCCAUCGUGGGCAACAUCCUAGUCAUCCUGUCUGUGGCCUGCAACCGGCACCUGCGGACGCCCACCAACUACUUCAUCGUCAACCUGGCCAUCGCCGACCUGCUGCUGAGCUUCACUGUGCUGCCCUUCUCUGCUACCCUGGAGGUGCUGGGCUACUGGGUGCUGGGACGGGUCUUCUGUGACAUCUGGGCGGCCGUGGACGUCCUCUGCUGCACAGCUUCCAUCCUGAGCCUGUGCGCCAUCUCCAUCGAUCGCUACAUCGGGGUACGCUACUCCCUACAGUAUCCCACGCUGGUGACCCGCAGGAAGGCCAUCUUGGCGCUCCUCAGUGUCUGGGUCUUGUCCACGGUCAUCUCCAUCGGGCCCCUCCUGGGGUGGAAGGAGCCAGCACCCAACGAUGACAAGGAAUGCGGGGUCACCGAAGAACCCUUCUACGCCCUCUUCUCCUCCCUGGGCUCCUUCUACAUCCCGCUGGCGGUCAUUCUGGUCAUGUACUGCCGCGUCUACGUCGUGGCCAAGAGAACCACCAAGAACCUGGAGGCCGGAGUCAUGAAGGAAAUGUCCAACUCCAAGGAGCUGACCCUGAGGAUCCACUCCAAGAACUUUCAUGAGGACACGCUCAGCAGUACCAAGGCUAAGGGCCACAACCCCAGGAGUUCCAUAGCUGUCAAACUUUUUAAGUUCUCCAGGGAGAAGAAAGCAGCCAAGACCUUGGGCAUUGUGGUCGGUAUGUUCAUCCUCUGCUGGCUCCCCUUCUUCAUCGCGCUCCCACUGGGCUCCCUGUUCUCCACCCUGAAGCCCCCCGACGCCGUGUUCAAGGUGGUGUUCUGGCUGGGUUACUUCAACAGCUGCCUCAACCCCAUCAUCUACCCGUGCUCCAGCAAGGAGUUCAAGCGCGCCUUCCUGCGCAUCCUGGGGUGCCAGUGCCGCGGCGGCCGCCGCCGCCGCCGCCGCCGCCGCCUGGGCGGCUGCGCCUACACCUACCGUCCGUGGACGCGCGGCGGCUCGCUGGAGCGCUCGCAGUCGCGCAAGGACUCGCUGGACGACAACGGCAGCUGCCUGAGCGGCAGCCAGCGGACCCUGCCCUCCGCCUCGCCCAGCCCGGGCUACCUGGGCCGCGGGGCGCCGCCGCCGGUCGAGCUGUGCGCCUUCCCGGAGUGGCGAGCGCCGGGCGCGCUCCUGAGCCUGCCCGCGCCCGAGCCCCUCGGCCGCCGCGGCCGCCACGACUCAGGCCCGCUCUUCACCUUCCAGCUCCUGGCCGACCCGGAGAGCCCGGGCACCGACGGCGACGCCGGCCACGGGGACUGCGAGGUGGCGGCCGACGUGGCCAACGGGCAGCCGGGCUUCAAGAGCAACAUGCCCCUGGCCCCCGGGCACUUCUAGGACCCCCUGCGCGCCUGCCGGACCGGGGAGGACUGCAGCCCCGUGGGGGCGGCGGGGAGGGGCGUGGUGGCGCCCGCGAGGCUCGGGCCCCGGGAUGGGGGGAGGGGGGCGGGGAGAGGGACAGCUGCUUUUCUGGCAGGGGCAUGGGUGCCAGGUACAGCGCAGAGAGCUGGGCCGAGCAUGCUGAGAGCCUGGGGCGCCCGCCCGGCCGGGGUUUCCGUCUCUCUCUGUACAUAGCUACACGAGUUCCUCUGUACUUGUAUUUAACCGUGGGUACGCGUGCGUGUGUCUGUGCGGUGUACGUGUGUGCUGCAUGUGCGCGUGUGUGGGCAGAGCGAGUGCGCGGCCCUAGCCGGUGGGCGGGCGUGGUCCCGGGACUUCGGACCUCUCCAGCUCCUCCUGGGACUUCUCUAACCGGUGACACGUGGGUGGGGCUGGAAUCCAAAUUGGACAUUAAAAGUCACUUCUCCUG